ACAGGAAGUGGGAUCGCAAAUCUAGGUGCCAGGCCACCCGCAGGUCGGGACGAGGACGGAACUCUGAGCGCUCUCGCAUCACGCCCUUGCCGCUGCCCUGCGUUGUUGCCUCCCGAGAAAAGUCGUAAGACCAUGUCGAAUAUGGAGAAACACCUAUUUAACUUGAAGUUUGCUGCCAAAGAGCUUAAUAGGAAUGCCAAGAAAUGCGAUAAAGAAGAAAAGGCUGAAAAGGCCAAGAUUAAAAAGGCCAUUCAGAAAGGCAAUACAGAAGUCGCAAGAAUACACGCUGAAAAUGCAAUCCGCCAGAAGAACCAAGCAAUUAACUUCUUGAGAAUGAGCGCUAGGGUGGAUGCUGUGGCAGCUAGAGUUCAAAGCGCAGUUACAAUGGGCAAGGUAACCAAGUCCAUGGCAGGUGUGGUUAAGUCUAUGGAUGCCACAUUGAGGAGUAUGAACCUUGAAAAGAUCUCUGCCCUGAUGGAUAAAUUUGAGCACCAGUUUGAAACACUGGACGUUCAGACACAGCAAAUGGAAGACACAAUGAGUAGCACUACAACCCUAACAACACCACAAAACCAAGUGGAUAUGCUGCUUCAGGAAAUGGCAGAUGAAGCUGGCCUUGAUCUCAAUAUGGAGCUACCACAGGGUCAGACAGGAUCUGUUGGCACCAGCGUUGCUUCCACGGAACAGGAUGAACUAUCACAGAGACUUGCUCGUCUGCGUGAUCAAGUAUAAUUCAAAGAGCUGGUGCUUCUGUUCGCUUCACCUGCUUCUGAAAUAUUUUGUGUGUGUAUGUAGAUAAGUUGUACUCCAGUUACACUAAAAACACUACAUGUUACAGAAUGCUUGAACACUAUUUAUAUAGAAUGCCUUCUUUUGCCAUGCUGUGCUUUCCAAUGCUUUAAGAAACUCUAGAGAGCUCCCACCUUGAGAGAAUUUACAGUUUGUAUAUUAUGUUGAAAAGUGGGGAAAACUUUUUUUUUUUUUUUGGUAAAUGACUUUGACUGUGCCGGCAUUAGUUUGUUGUUUAUGAAACAUCUUCCUCGGUGGUCUCUGCCUGAGCGGCAUGGCUGCUGCCGCGUGGGGGAUGAGUUGGCACCGGGAUCCCGCCAGCUACUCUCUCCGUUCUUUCCCCAAAGCCUCCUUCCCCGGUCUCUCCUCCGGCGUCUCUAGCCCACUCUGUCCCGCCUUUGCCGGAGACCAGGGCAGGGAAACGUGGAGCAGACUGAAGGUGACUGGAGGGGAUGGGCAGGGGGGACGAUGACGGAAGGAUGGAGAAGGCACUGGACAGAGAGCAUGUGUGAAUGACCCGUGGA